CCGUCAACCAUCGGGUGAAGGGUAUAUCAUGUUCCAUUCCAUGCACCAAAACAUCCAUAAUAAAAAGUAGACCAGGCCAGGCCUUGGAUCCAUUUGCUCUUGGCCGAUAACGCCAUCUCUCCGUCUCUCCAUCUCGCCAUCUCGCCAUCUCGCCAUCCUCUCCGUUUCGUCCCCGCCGGGUGCCAAUCGGUGACGAUUCGCACAUUGAUGAGUCUGAACUGAGAACCUCUCCAACCCUGCAACCUGCAACCUGCAACGAAGCCGGUCAUACCGACCACCCAUCUACCCACCUCGUGUAUAUGGCCGAGACCGUCACUGCAGCAAACAACGUCGACAACCACGCCGACGCCAUUGCCGCAGACCCCAAAGCCGCCCAGCCAGAACACCCCUACCAGCCCUACAUGGACGUGCGACCGCCCACGGCAGCCCACCUCAGCGACGCCAACGGGAUGCCUCUGAGCGAGAAAGAGGUCGAGGCGCUGGAGAAUGAGGAGAGGGCCGAGCGCGAGGCGACCCCCGAGCCCAGCGACUUCAGCAUCGCCUUCCCGGACCAUCUGCCCACGCCGCCCUUCCUGCAUGUGCAGGGCGUGCCCAACUUCCGCGAGCUGGGAGGGUAUCCGUGCCAGCCGCCCUCGUCCUCGUCACAGACGCCGCCGUCCAAGAAGUACGUCCUGAAGAAAAGUCUGCUCUACCGCUGUGCUCACCCCACCCACUUGACCCCGACCGGCGCCACCUACCUCACCACCACCCUGAAUGUGCACGACAUGUACGACCUGCGGUCCGCGCCUGAGAUCAGCCGGCUCGCAGGCACGGUCGCCUCCAGCGGCAAGGACGUGUACCCUCUUGCAAACCCGACGUCCGGGUGCAUUGACGAGGUCCCGGGCCUGAGGAGGCAUUUUGUCCCGGUCUACCAAACCGAAGACUACGGGCCCGUGGCCCUGGCGAGGAAGCUGGCCUGGUAUACCGCCGAGCACGCGCACGACGAGGAAGCCGGCUACGCCUACUCGGAAGGGUUUGUGCGGGCGUAUCGAGACAUUGCCACCCACGGCGUGGCCGCCUACACCAUCAUGUUCCGCCACCUGCUGGACCGCCCGACCGAGCCGCUGGUGUUCCACUGCACGGCGGGCAAGGACCGCACGGGGGUGUUUGGGGCGCUGGUGAUGAAGCUCGUCGGCGUCGACGAGGACGUCAUCUGCUGGGAGUACGCGCUGACCGAGCCCGGGCUGGGCGGCUGGCGCAAGGAGUUCAUCGAGCGCAUCGCCCAGACGGGCCUCGGCGGCGGCGGCGGCAAGCCCCAACCCCAGCAGCAGGUCGUCACGGGCGAGAGGGAGCACGGCCGGCCCGCGAUCUCGAGGGAGGAGGCCGCGCGCAUCUGCGGUAGCCGCGCAGGCAACAUGCGCGCCUUCCUGCACACCGUGCUGGAGGGCGAGUUUGGCGGCGUCACCGCCUACUUGACCCGCAUGUGUGGACUCAGCGACGACGAGGUUGUGCGUCUGCGGGAUAAUCUCAUCGAGCUGGUCGACGACGUCCCCGGCCAGGUCAUGACCAUGGUCGAGAUUGACGGGUGGACCGCCGACGGGGGCUGUGUGGAUUGACGGUGGUGGAAGCUGUGAUUGAGGCGGGAGAGAGGGGAGCGGCACAGAACAGAACAGAACAGAACCGACUAUGGCACGCAGGUCAGUUCACGCUGGUACUGUUACUCUUGCCGGUGCUAUCGUCGCUGUUCCUGUGCCCCGCCUGAAGAGAGAGAGAGAGAGAGAGAGA